AGGAGGUGAGCGGGGAUGGUGGAGUCCCGGCUCCCCACGGCAGCCCGGGGCGGGAGAGGCGGAGAGGCGCCUGUGGGCCAGCCCUGCUGCUUUCCUGCCUGUCGGGCGGUCGGGCUGGCCGUCGGAAAUCUAAUGAAUCACUGACCGACCAGCACCACUUUGCCAGUUGGAAUGAGUUCUCAGAAUUGGGCGUAGUGCUUUUAGAGCCAACAUGUAACAGAUGGAUGUGACUCCAAGCUCACUACUUCUUCAUGCCAGCACUCUUUUGACUGUAUAGGAUCUUUAUCUCUUCAUCUUUGAUCUGGAUUGCUGGCAAAUAAAAGGGGUUCAUGUAGUGUUUUGUUUAAGCUUGAGUCACCAUGAGUAGUAGUUUAGGCAAAGAAAAAGACUCUAAAGAGAAAGAUCCCAAAGUACCAUCUGCCAAGGAAAGAGAAAAAGAGGCAAAAGCCUCUGGAGGUUUUGGGAAAGAAAGCAAAGAAAAAGAACCUAAAACCAAAGGGAAAGAUGCCAAAGACGGAAAGAAGGAUUCCAGUGCUGCCCAACCAGGGGUGGCUUUCUCAGUCGACAAUACAAUCAAACGGCCAAAUCCAGCACCUGGGACUAGAAAAAAAUCCAGCAAUGCUGAGGUAAUUAAGGAGCUUAACAAAUGCCGGGAGGAGAACUCAAUGCGCUUGGACUUAUCCAAGAGGUCUAUACAUAUACUGCCACCAUCAGUCAAAGAGUUGACUCAACUUACAGAACUUUAUUUAUACAGUAACAAAUUGCAGUCCCUCCCCGCAGAGGUGGGCUGCCUAGUAAAUCUCAUGACGCUGGCUCUCAGUGAGAAUUCACUCACCAGUUUGCCUGACUCUCUUGAUAACUUGAAGAAGCUGCGGAUGCUUGAUUUACGGCAUAACAAACUGAGAGAAAUCCCUUCAGUGGUGUAUAGGCUGGAUUCUCUCACCACGCUCUAUCUUCGCUUUAAUCGUAUCACUACUGUGGAAACGGACAUCAGAAACCUGCCGAAGCUCAUCAUGCUCAGCAUCCGGGAGAAUAAGAUCAAACAGCUGCCUGCUGAGAUUGGUGAAUUGUGUAACCUCAUUACCCUGGAUGUAGCUCACAAUCAACUUGAACACCUUCCAGAGGAGAUUGGAAACUGCACACAGAUAACCAACCUUGACUUGCAGCACAAUGAACUACUAGACCUCCCAGAUACAAUAGGAAACCUGUCCAGUUUAAAUCGCCUUGGCCUGAGAUACAAUAGAUUGUCAGCAAUACCCAGAUCAUUAGCAAAAUGCAGUGCACUUGAGGAGUUAAAUUUAGAGAACAAUAACAUUUCUACCCUGCCAGAGAGUCUUUUAUCCAGUCUUGUAAAACUGAAUAGCUUGACCUUAGCUAGAAAUUGUUUCCAGUUAUAUCCAGUGGGAGGCCCAUCUCAGUUUUCCACCAUUUAUUCCCUCAACAUGGAACACAAUCGAAUCAACAAAAUCCCAUUUGGAAUUUUCUCCAGAGCUAAAGUGUUAAGUAAGCUGAAUAUGAAGGACAAUCAGUUAACAUCACUUCCUCUGGAUUUUGGAACUUGGACCAGUAUGGUAGAAUUGAAUUUAGCCACUAAUCAGCUCACGAAGAUCCCAGAGGAUGUGUCUGGUCUUGUUUCUCUUGAGGUUCUGAUAUUAUCGAACAAUCUUCUAAAGAAGCUUCCCCACGGUCUCGGGAACCUUAGGAAGUUGCGCGAACUAGACCUGGAGGAGAACAAGCUGGAGUCCCUGCCCAACGAGAUCGCUUACCUUAAGGAUGUACAGAAAUUAGUCUUGACAAACAACCAGUUGACCACUCUGCCCAGAGGCAUCGGUCACCUUACCAACCUCACACACCUUGGCCUUGGAGAGAACCUGCUUACCCACCUUCCUGAGGAAAUUGGUACACUGGAAAAUCUAGAAGAACUAUAUUUGAAUGACAACCCUAACCUUCACAGCCUCCCCUUUGAGCUUGCUCUCUGCAGCAAGCUAUCAAUCAUGAGUAUUGAGAACUGUCCACUCAGUCACCUCCCACCUCAAAUAGUUGCUGGAGGGCCUUCAUUCAUUAUUCAGUUCUUAAAGAUGCAGGGUCCAUAUCGUGCCAUGGUCUGAUACAAACUACUGGUCCCACACACUGUUCAAAAAUAGACUGCCAUUAAUGUUUCAUAUCUAUAUCUGUAUCUGUGUGGAUAUUGAUCUAUGGCAGAUUUAUAAAGACUGCAUUAUGUGUUUCUGCUAAUAGAGGAAUCAUAGCCAUUUAGAUUUUUUUUAAUUCUGUAAAAAAAAAAAAGCUUAUAUAAGUUUUCUUUGCUAAAUUUGAUGGAUCUUUUUCUGUUGUGUAAUCUGAUAUGCCAGUUUGUUUAAAAAUCUU